GCAGACGAUAGACGGCCGCGGCUCAGCACUAUUAUGUCUGAGGACCGAUCGGCCGACGGGAAAGAUGGAGGGGAAGGGGCUGAGGUGAAGCUGCCACCCGGUGCGCUGGUUGAACUGACUGAAGAUGUUCUCGAUGAGUGUAUAGCCAGCAUAGUACACCACACUGUGUUGUCAUGUCAUCGCUCCGAGAAGCUGCUCCGCAUGCAGUCAGCGGCCACUCAGGCUGAGUCGCUGGCACUCGCCAACCUCGAACCGCAAUCGCAGAAGAACGCGAGUAACAGUCAACCAACCGUCCCCGCUGCCGAUACGCCUGCCGCCAAAUACGAGAACGGGCGUGUGAUCUUGAAGGGGAACCCGCUCAAGACGACACCCGAAAUCAUAUGUCCACACUGCAAGUUACCGCGAUUAAUGCAUCCCAUCAUGGGCAAGGGCAUGCAGAAUCCCGAUCUCACCAAGGAGUAUUGCAUGCUCUAUCCCUGGGUGCAGAGGCCCGGUCACGAUGUAUUCGGCAACCCGUUUCCAACUGACAUGGCUAAGAGCAAGAAGGAGCGCGAGCUGAUGAAGCAACAACAGAAAAAUCAAGAGAAGGAGAGCGUUGGCACACCAGGAUCUCAGGACACAGAUAUGGCCGGAGGAGAUGGAAGUAAAGAGAUCAAGCUCAACACAGGCGGAAAACCCGCGUCGUAUAUUCCUUGGCACACAUGCCCCAACUGCAAGCGCAGUUUACUCAUCACACGAUUCGCCCAACAUUUGGAGAAAUGCUUGGGUAUUAGCGGCCGUCAGAGUUCUCGAAACGCCAUGGCAAAGCUAUCGGGUCAGAAUGGUAAUGGCAGCGGUGUUGGCAAUACUCCGCUAGGAAGUCGAAUGGGCACGCCAGCGCCUGGCUCGCAGAAUGAUGCCGCAGUAGCCAAAACCAAAGGAAAAGGUAUUAGUCCGGUGAAAAAAUUGGGCGCCGGUGCCGACGACGACGACGAAGGCGAGAACGAUACUCCCGAUAAAAAGAAGAAGAAGAAGAGCACAUACGUCAAGAAGGCGGACCGGGAAAAAGGGGGCAAAGACAACAUCAAAGUGAAACUCAAGACUAACAAUACGGACCGUCGGCAGAGUGAAGGCACUGAAAAGUCGGACGGGAAGCGAGAGCGUGAAGGUGAUUCGAUCGAUUCGGAGAACGCGCCCAAGGCGAAAAAGAUCAAAUUAUCCCUGGGAAAAUCUGGGAGUCCACCGGCUGCUGCACCACCAAGUGCCGCAGUGCAAGAUUGA